AAUUUAUUGAUAUCCAUAUUUGCAAAACUAUUAGUCAGAUAUGAGGAAAUCCACAAAAUAUUAGAAAUGACAAAAAACGAAAAAUAGAAGGGAAAAAAUUGUGGAUAAGGCUUAGCCAGAAGGGCCCAUCCAUAUUCCUUGCACUCAGCUUCCAGCAAGAAGCAGUAGAAUCUUGUAAAUUUAGAGAGAGAGAGAGUAGUGAGAAGGUUGUGGUUAUGGAGGUAGCGAUGUCUGUGAACCCAGUGGUGCGAUUGCCCUUAUCCUCCCAUGGAAGAAUGCACGACGAUUCAGUGAUAAGACACUCACUGUUUACGACAAGAAGAGCAACCUCAACAAAUCCAAAGCCUCAUAGAUUGAUGGUAGUUGAAGCUAAAGGCAAGAAAGGAAUGGCUUCUAGACAGUACCAGCGCACGCCCCCACCCCCUCUUCCCAAGCUUGAAGAUGAUGGCAACCCCAAGUUCGUCGUCUUCAUUCGCAUGGCGAACGUUUACCUUUGGUAUCCUCUUAAUAUUGUGACUGGUGGGACAACAGCGAAAAUCAUGGUAGCUGCAAAGGAUAAUUUUCUUGGCAAAUACAUAUACAAAGACACUCUAGCUAGGAAUCUUGCAUCAGUCAUUUAUCGAGAUGAAAAGGAAAUACAGAAGAUGGCUCAGAAACAGUUUCGUGUAUUGCGGUCUGCCACUGAUUUCCGAUAUGGCUACAAACUUGUUGAAAACAACAAUCUGCGGGCUGCGCUAGCUGCAAAUGAUGUCAUUGAGCUUCCCAGGCCGGAAGAACUCAAAACUGUCGUUGACAAGGUGAAGGACUUCUUUGGUGAGGCCAAAGAAUCUUUCGGGAAGAUGACAUUCUUGAACACGGGAGAUGAUUCGUCGGAACAGGAAGAUACUAAAGAAGCUUCUAUAGAAAAAUCCAAGGAAAAAUCUCCGGUGAAAAGCUGAAUCUAUUCUGGUGGAGAAAGAAGUUGAAGAAGGAUAACGCGUGGACAACAAUCACAUUCAGUUUUGUACACGACAACAUUUGUUAAUAGUUGUAGGAGAAAUGGUUCCAUAUUUCAGUCGCCUUUUGUAUGGAUUUAGCUUUGUUCUUGAAUUACUUGCCUCAAAACUUGGAGAUGACUUUUCUUGGCAUAUUCAGUGAAACGUGCUGCGGUGUUGUGAAUAUUAUCUGAAUUUGAAUAUACAUUUUUUUACAAUUUCA